ACAUCUAGCCUGACUAGUCUUGAAUUGUGUCACGGAGGGCCGAAACCACAGCUCACAGUGUUACAAAGGCUUGCGCAAGGAGUCAUGGUCGGUUUCAAACCCAAUCCUUCGUUUCGGUAGUGAAAUUUUUAGAUACGUUUCUUCCUUUUCAAAGGGCUGAUCCAUAUUGUAGAAUCGGUUUGUCAUCAAGAAGUGGUAUUCUCAUAGGACUACACAUGCUACAUGAGACAACGGCCUGGCGAGGUUAAAUAUUACGCCGCAGAUCAGUCAUGAAAGCCAUGCUCGUGGACGUCGAGGAGCCCACUAGCGCUUUUUCGGUGGCACUCAUGCAAUAUCUCUGUCGUUCACCUUCAUGUGGACCGCAGGACCUUUUCUUCUUCCUUUGACAUUUCCAUUAUUAGGGCAUUUUCAGUGGCAUGAAUGACAUCAGGUUGACAUAAAACAGGAACGUAUUAAAAAACCAGCAUAUAAUGAGACGUUUACCAAAAAAAGACAAAAAAAAAGGAAAAAAUCUAAAAAAAAAAUUUUAAAAAAAAGUAAAAAGACAAAAAUAUAUAUAUACAGUAUAUAUAUCUAUAUAUAUAUCUAUAUAUAUGUUAAGCAGUGCCUGUUCCAGCUCAGAGUCUCAGUGGACUUCCCAUUGUAAAUAAUAACUGGUUGAAAUUUCUUUGGGGAAAAAUUCAAUAAAGCAAAAUAAACAAAAAAAAAGUUCAUUGAAAGCAGAAUGUGUGGGAUGCCUCUUCCUGUAUUUUUACCCCUCUCUCCCUCCCCCCAGGCUUCAUGUGAUGUGUCCUUUUUAAGCGUUUUGUGCUUCGUUCUUUAUUAUUGAAUAUUUUAGUCAUAUUGGAUGGAGUGCCCUGGUCUCGAUAUUUCUUUGAGGAGAUUAAAUUGAUAGUCGGGCAGUGUGUUUCUUUAGAUUGUUGAUGCUACACUUAGUACUACAGUAGAUGACAAAAAAAAAAAAGUCAGUUGAGAAAAAUACAAAAAAAAAAAAAAUGUAAAAAUGCUCGCCAGCUCCACAGCAGGGUUCAUUUGAAUUGGGUCUUGUGGCACUUUUACACUCUGUGCAAACAUAGUGGGAUUUUAAGACAUGUAUUUGUUACAUGGCAACAACACCACCAAGAAAUGUUUUAAGGUUGUAUCAGCCUCCAGUGAUUGUAAUAACACUGCAGAUGUAUGCAAAAGGCAAUGUAAGUUUCUGAAUGUACAUCAUAGAAGACUUUCCCAAACUGUGGUGUUUUAUUCACAGUUGGGGAAAUGCAGGUAUUCUUUAAGAAGCUGUAUAGCGUAAGCCUUGUUUUUCAACUGUUUUAAUUUCCUUCAGUUGUUUUUUUGUUUUUUUUGUGGGUUUUUUUUUUGUUUGUUUGUUUUUUGUUUUUUCUUCAGUUUUCACAGCUGAACAGUAGGCGCUGCCUUCGAGCUGGUUGCUUUUGGUGUGGGGGCUAAAAUUGCCACAAGAUAAAAACAAAAUGAGUGUAAAUAACGCUUGACUUUUUUUGUGAUUGUUACUGUUAUAUCCAGCCUAUACUGCUAGCAGCUGUUUUUACUGCAGUCGAUUACUGGAAGUGGAUAUAUUUCCUAUGCAAAACUGUUUAAACAAUAAAAUGAGCUAUGCUACACA